AAUAAAUGUGUGCUCUAGUCCGGACGAGUCAGAGAAUUCACCGUCUGAAUUUGCCAGGCGCAGAAUAAGAGAAGACGCUUGUUUUUAUUAGAAUUAGAAUUCCUAUUUUCAGUCUGUUGGUUUUCGUUUUCCUACUCAACAAGACACCAAAUUUCAAAUCCUUUAAGAGCAAAACCACAAAACACCAAAAUAAACAAAACUUUCGCGAAUAAAUUCCAAUGGCUAGUAAGGAUAAACAAAUUGCAAUUGUUGAUGCUGGGAACCGUCAGGUUGAAUCUGAAAGCACAGAGGAAACUACUUUAACUGAGGUUCAUAAGGAUCUAGGCCACAUCAAAUCGUUAGAAAAGAAGGCAGAAUUCGAAGAACAUAACAAGGAGAGCAUAGUGGAGGAUCACCGUUCUCAAAAAUCAGAGAGUAAUAAGCAAGUGACACAGAGUGUCAAACACGAAGUUUCUACGGAAGGACGACAGGACUGUUCCUUGGAGGGAAUGUCGCCGUACGAUUCUUCCAACCUCACACAACAAAUCGAGAACGCUCAAUGUCUGGAACCCUUCGUACCUUUAGAGCCUUUCGCUAUCUCCAGUUCAUCUGGAGACAUUCAGCAUAAGGCGUCAGCCGAAAAAAUGGACCAACAAACAAAGAAUUCCUGCUCAUCUGAGGAAGACAAAGAGCUAGUUGCAAAUAACGACGAUAUGACGUAUUCUCUUCCAGAUUAUUACAAGCCAGUUGAAAUAUUGUCGCCACUAGAGUUGGGUGAAUUUUUGAAUGAUAAUAUAGAAAACAAUACCAAAAUUGAAGAGAAACCGUUCAAUGAGGAUUCAUAUGAUAAACGGAAAAAAAUUGAAAACAGCUUACUCGAGAUAAUAUCAGAUUUGGAUCGUCAUACGGCAAAAGAAGAAUCGAAAACAGCGCAGGAGAAUAUCUUCGAUAGAGGCUAUUCAGACCAAUGGAAGUACCAGGACGAGAAUAGUCCAGAUCUCCGUCCAAUCGAUGUAAAGAAGAUACUCACACCGGCAAAAGAACCUGAAGUGGAAAUGGCACCUAAAAAAAAGAUGUUUGCAAAUUCAGCUUUUUACGCUAAAGGCCUUCAUCCUACUAUGGAAGAACAGGUGGAGCUGGCCAAAAGAAUAUCCAGUUCUCUGAGUGACAUCAGCAAUCAGACCAGUAAAGGACAGUCUAUGUAUGUGAAUAGGAAAAAAAGGUCUGUCAAGUGGGUACAUGAAGGAGAAGGUGAAAGAACUAAUGGAUAUGACAACAAUAGAAGCAGUUUGGGGAAGAAAGAUCCACUUAAACUUGUUAUGAACCCUCAUGGACAAAUUCAAGAUAUAAAUUCACUUGGAAAACAAGGAUAUAACUUUGAAUCCGUCCUUUCGCCAGAUAUAUGUUUGGAAAUUGUCAAAGAUUUGAAUUCUCCGAACGGGAAAGGUGCUGAACUAUUUGCAAAGCGUCGAAAGAGAUCUGAAAAGUGGGUAGUUGAAGAGAAAACUAAGACAAACGAAUCGAACAAUAAUUAUCAGCCGCCUUCCACACAAUUCUGCAGUAACACUCCAUACAGUGCAACACUGAAUCAAGCCAAAGCUACUCCACAAGUGAAUCCGAAAGAUCUGCAGGAACAAUAUUUACUACCAAGAUUAAAAUUGGUGAAAUCUCCUUGGGAAGCCGCUCUAGAAACCGGUUCUGUAGACGCAGCAUUUCAAAGUUAUCCUUCUGCAGGAUCUCUCAAAGGUAAUUUAGUGGUCCCCGCCGUGGAAUCUUACGAGAACGCACUGCGAACUGGCAACCUGGCGUCAGGAAAAGGAUAUUCUCAGAACGGUCAGUGUAAUCAAAGUAAAUCUUUCUCCCAUAAUCCGGCCUACAACAGUUCCAGUAUCAACAGAGUGGUGAAUAAUCUAGCUAAAGGAUCGAAUAUUGACAUAUACAAACCAACAGUUCCUUCUGCUUGGAAUUCGAAGAAGCAGAGCGAAUAUAAAUAUGGUGACUUCACUGAACCGUGUAACCAACAAACACAAAGAGAGAAAGAAAAUGAUGAGUACUAUUCAUCAUCGUGUUUAAAAGUUGAAUCGUCUCAAACAAAUUCAUCAAUUCUUGACGUGUCUGAAGGUAACGUCAAUGGAAACCAAACAGUUUCAAUUUCAGAAAAGGAUGAUUUCACUCGAUCGAAUGAUUCUUUUCAGUUCAAUGCAACUGAAGAUAUAGAAGUGAAUCGAGGAAUCGAAUUUAUUGCAAUUUCUGAUAAAGAACCCGGUUAUACCAUCCAAAGAGAUUUAGGAACCGAUGAAAUGCAACAAGAUUUCUCCAUGCCACCGUUCGGAUGUACAUUUGAACGAGGUAAAUCGUAUGAACAAUCAAAAUAUGCAUCAUUAGACAGAAAAAUCAAUUGUUGGCAACCAUCUCUUCAAACUUCAACUUCAAACAAAACUUCGAAGCCUGAGUUUGGGUAUGCUUUGAGCAGUGGCGAAUUCAAAGUUGUCGAAAACAGUUUCACAAAUUCGACUUCUAACUUAUUAACUGUACAAUCUGCAAACUUCGAGAGCCAGGGUCACUUUGUAGCUGAUAGAUGUCGAUCUCCUUUGCCAAUUUUCAUUCCAGAGACGCAUUCUGUGACGGAAGAACCUGCAGAAAAUUUGACUAUAGCAAUUCAACCUCUUGUUCAAUACAUUGGGGAAGAAAUAAAAGAUCCAAUUCGUGAAGAUAAUAUAAAGAGAAUGGUCUUAUCUGGUAAUAAGGAGAAAAUGAAUGUUAUUCAAGGGCAGAAAUCUUGCUUUGCUGAAUUAGAAGAAAUAGAGGAAGCUUAUAGAAUGGCAAAUUCUUCUCCUCCUGGAAAGCAAAGAAAAGAACAGAAAAUAAAGGAAAAUGUUGAUAUUUCUGCGUAUCACAACAAUGAUUUACAACAAGAGAAAUGGUUUCAAGAACACCAAACUGCAACCCAAGCUGAGGCUUCAUUUGAUCGCAUUUUUUAUGAAGGUCAACCAGACGGUGAUAACCACGAAUACGAUGUUUGCGAGGAAAAACAACAAAUAGAAUCUUAUAUAGAGAAUUCAGAAAUGCAGAAUCUUCAAUACUCAGACGAGUCCUCCAAAACUAAUUCUAAAACAAAUGAAGACUACAUAAACGAUUCAGACAAUUUUUCGGGAAGAAAUGAGGAUUCAACUCGAGUGAUGCUCGAAAAACAAGAUAAUGAAACAGUUAUCUCCAAAACUCAGCCAAAAGCUGCAUUUGAGAAGGCAGGGAGGAAUAUUGAAAUGGAAAAAAAUGAAACUAAAUUUUGCAAGAAAGCUCCUGAAAACAUCAUUGGAGCACGUCCUUUGUUUGGUCAACUGGAUAUAAAUAGUGAAUUCAUGAAGGCAGUCACUGGAAGAGAGAAGUCGAUGAGAGCAAGAAAAAAUAGGAGCAAUACAGGAAGUGACAAAAAACCUUCAAACGCUGAGUUGAGUAUCGAAAGAAGUAGUCAACCUUUGCAACAUCGAGAUCAAUUUCUAAAAUUACCAGUCUCCGAACAAAAAGAAAACAUCAGAUUUGAACAGCAGAAAGCUUUUUACGAAAGUAACCUGGAAAAGAAAGCAAUGAUUGUUAAUGAAUCUGGAGAUUUAUAUGAAAAAUGUUCAGAAAUAUCUAGUCGCUUUAAGAAUGAACAAAAAUCUAACGUAGAAAUUUUCAGACCCAAUGAUACAGAAGAGAUCGAGAAAAUUUAUUAUGAAAGGAAUAGGGCAUUAAGUAUUGACUUCCAAACAAUUGGUGAUGAAUUACAACAAUCAGAUAUCAAGGCGAUUAUUGGUAAAGAAAUUUCCAAACUAACCACAGGUUCAUCUAACAACAUUCCUAAAGAAUGUAUGGCUAAAGUAGAAAGAGUCCUGAAAAAUGACGAAAAUCUUAAUAUAAAUCCAAAUAUGAAGGCAAGAUUCGAUGAGGACAAUCCUGAAUAUCGACAGGUACCUGUAAAAUCUAUAAUUCAGAAUUUUGAACAGAAUACAAUGCCCCAUCUCAAGAUUAAGGAACAAAAUUAUCCAUCUUCGUUGUAUGAAAAAAAUAAAUUAUCCGAUUUCCUAACAUCUGUACCACCAAUUGAUAUUCAAGAAGAUAGGCAAAUAUCAAGUUCAAAUAAGAACAUAUCAAUGCAAAAUGUUUAUGAGACCAUAAAUGUCGGUACUCGAACUACUUCUAUUGAUGGAGUAGAAAAUUCUCGAAAUGAAGCAGAAAUGAGGAAACAUGAAAUUUUUCAACACUCUGAGAACAGUUUCUUUCGUGAAUACAAUCUUCCCAAGACAUAUUCACAGAAUGAUGUCCCUGAAAGUCUUCAAUACAGCAGCAUUAAUAUGCACCAAGCUUUGAGUCAGGAGCUUUUGCAAGAUACUUUACCAAGAAGUACAAUGAAACCCAGAGUCACAUUUUCGGAAUUGAGGCAUGAUGAUUAUAACAGCCCUGUUAUAGACAGAUAUCCUUAUCAAGAGGUUACCAAGGAUUCUGUUCCAUCCUACCAAUAUACAAACAACACCAACUCAUCAAUUCGAAGCGUUGCAGCACCUGAACCCAUCAAAAAAAUCGAUUUCUCAUCAUUACAUAACUACAACACCGCACCAAGAGGAUGGGCGAGAAAUGAGAACAUAUACAGACCAAUUACAUUUUCUAACUCAUUUUCGGACUUUUAAGAGAUGAACAAGUUUGAGUUUAUUUUUUUUUAUCGUUCUGACUUUCAGUUAUUUUAUUAGAUAGUUUACUGAGCACUGUUUUUAGUUGCUUCUAUUAGUUUGUUAUUAUUAUAUCGAUGUAAUAUAUUAAAUUUUAAGUAAAUACGUUGCAUUAAAAGUCUCAUAACUUGAAA